AACCACACCCUCCUGCAAAAUGUCAUUCUAUAAAAGAUUAUUUGUUCCUCGAGGAGUAGCCUGUAGGUUCUAUGGCCUGGUCACUCGUAAUUGGGAAAGAAAAAGGUUUUAUAAACAAGCCACAGUGUAUCAAACUGAAGGUGGUUGGUUUGGAGUUAAAUUAGAUCAUCGUAAUUUAAGAACUCCACUACGUAGAGUAUUCAGUGUUCCUAGUGAAAGCUUAGCUAUUGCUGUUUGUCAUGAGUGGAAGUCACAGACUAAAUUUAUACAGCCAUCUUUAAUGCAUUUGACAGCUCUUUCAAAUACUGUCAUUGACAGAUCUGAUAAUUUAAACAAAACUGAUGAAUUGUUAGCAUAUCUCUCCACUGACACCAUUUGCUAUAGAGUAGUGGAACCAUUAGAUCUUGUUGAACUACAAGAGAAGGAAUGGGAUCCAGUUAUAAAAUGGUUCAAUGAAAGGUAUAAUUGUAACAUUGAACCUACCUCCAAUCUAAAUGUACUAUCAGUGACUAAAGAACUCAAACUGUCCAUUUCUGAAUUUAUUCAUAGUUUAGGUCUAUGGGGUACCAGAGGAUUUUCAUUUGCUCUUGAGUCUACUAAGAGCUUAAUAUUAACUUGUGCUCUGUUUGAUGGUCAGUUUGAUUCUCAAACAAUAUCAGAUCUAUCUAGACUUGAAGUGAGACACCAGAUCAGUAAAUGGGGCUCCGUUGAAUGGCAGCAUGAAAUUGAAGCUCAAGAUUUGCUAAGUCGUUUGUCUGCUUCUGUAUUAUUCCAUGACUUGACUAAAGAUUGAUAAUACAUAUAUUAAGUAUCAUCGUGUAGUAAAUAAUUAUAAAGAACACUUAAAGUCAAACCUGUCCAUUCCAGGCACCUUGGGACCCAAUAGUACUGUCCUGAUUAUGAACCUGUCCUUAUUUCAUGGGCUCAUUAACACGUUUCAUUAUCAAAAGUGGAUAAUGUAUUUGAGUUUGACUGAUUACUUUUUGAGAUAAUUCA